AUGGCAGACCGCGCACUGAGGAUGCCAGCUGGGCUGACGCCUCCACGGUCGCUCUCGCCGUCUGCGCUGUCCCCGACCUCGGAUCCCUCCCCUUCCCCCACCAUCAGCGACGACCUCGACCUCGCUGUCCUGACGUCCGACGCGUUCACCUCCGAAGCCGAUUGGCUGAACGCUGUCGUCGAGAAAUCGCUCACGAAGCGCAAGUCGGGCGACCAGUCCCUCGCCGAAGUCGAAUCCACCCUCACCCGCACCCUGCACUCUCUCGACAUCUCGGUUGGCGACACUUCGGCUGCCGUUGACCGCCUGAUCACCGAGAUCUCGCUCUCGGUACCCCGCCUCACGUUCGACCUCCAGCUGAUGCGGGAGAAUGCGCUCCUACUGCGCUUCACGCUCGACGGAAUCCGGAAACGAGGCGGAGGUUACGGAACGGAGAGUGAGGUGGGCAAGGUCCUCGAACGCAUGCGAGUGCUCGACCUCGUUAAGCAGCGAAUGGAGGCGGCGCGAGAUGUCUUGCGCGAGGCGGAGAGUUGGAGCACGCUGGAGAGCGAAGUUACGGGCUUGAUUGGUGAGGACCAGUACGCCAAGGCUGCCGAGCGACUCGCAGAGGCGGCGCGGUCGAUGGUCGUCUUCCAGAACACGGCCGAGUACGAAGGACGACGCGCGCUCAUGGUCUCGCUCCAGAACCAGCUCGAGGCGAGCCUGAGCAGCGGUCUCGUCAAGGCGAUCAACGAGCGCGACGUCAAGGGCUGCAAGCAGCUAUGGAACAUCUUCGGCAUGAUCCAGCGCGAGCAGGAGUACCGCACCUACUACUUCAGCAACCGCCGCGGCACCCUCGUCGACAGCUGGACUUCGGCCAAACUCAGCGAUUGCCUUGAGGCUCCGUCCGCCCUCCCUAUCUCGGCCACUCCGAAUCUCAACGCGCCGACUCAGAAAUUCGUCGACGCCCUCGCCCAUUUCUACAGCGACCUUCAGGUCCUCCUUGCCGAAGAACGCACCUACAUCCCUGCCAUCUUCCCCGACCCCGCUCCCACCCUUUCUUCCUUCAUCGAGACGACGCUCGAAGGCCUGUCGCCGCCCAUACCGCAGCGACUUACCUCGAUCGCCGACUUCUACGGCCCCCUCGUCCUCCCCGAACUUAUUGCCGCGUACAAAGCGACGGAGGAGUUCGCAGUCCAGGUCGAACGGACCUUCAUCAAACUCGAGCCGAGUCCUGCCCCCGCCCCUUCUCCACCAGCGCACUCGCCGACGUCGCCGCGACCGGGUCACAGCCCGUCUUCGCCCUCCUUGUCCGGCGGCGCUCCUGCGACUCCCGCGAAACGCCGCAUGUCGAAGCGGAGAUCGCUGUCCAAACGGCUCUCUGCUCGGUCCAUCUCGUUUGCGACGGGUCAGGGACCGGACUUCCUGAGCGACCAUGGCGGCGACGAGGACGAGGAGGCGAGCGCGGCGCAGGUGCGACCUUGGGAGACGGCGCUGUUCGAGCCGUUCCUCGACUGGCAAGUCGAGUACCCGGAGCUCGAGCGGCGGUAUGUCGCGUCCGAGAUGAGCAAGUCGCUGGGCGACAUCGGUGACUGGACGGCCGGGUUGACGAGCGGGUCAAGCUCAGCGGGGUCGGAGAAGGGCGCAAAGAUCUUGCUCGACAAGGCGGGCAAGGUCUUCUCGGUCCUCGAGGAGGCCAUCGGCCGGAACCUCGCCCUGACGCACGGCUACGGCGCUCGAGGGCUCGUCGAUGUCAUGAACGAGCAGCUCGUUGCCUUCUUCGACCGGCGAAAGGAGGACCUGAUGCGGGCGGGACGGGAGAAGGGGUCUGCGUCGGCGCGGAGACGGGCGCAGGCGACAGCGGCGGCUCUGGCGGGCGGGAUUGCGAGUCCGGACGAGGAGCAGGAGAUGGUGCUCGAAGGGCUCGAGUACUCGACGGAGGACUGGUCGACCUUCCAGUUCGGCCUCAAGCUGCUGGAUACGUGUCGCGGCAUGGCGGAGCGCUUGACGGCGUUCGAGGCGAAGCUCAAGGCGAGGAUGACGGUUCUGGCGCAUGCGGUGCGGGAGGCGCGGGAAAGUCCAGCUCGCUACACCGUGCCCGGCACGACCAAGGGCGCCAUCCUCCUCCUGCGACAGUCAACGCUCAACUCGGCAGAGCUCGCCGAGCUCCUCGACCCCCUUGAGAAGCCGCACGAGGCGCCGUCCGGCGGUUCGCUCUCCCAUCCCCCUCCGCCUCCGCCGCCCUCGCCCUUUCUCCUGCCGAAAGCUCGCGGCGCUGCGACCGACUUUACCCGCACAACCCAGCUCUUCCUGCACGACACCAUUCUCGCCCCACUCUUUGCCCAUCUCAACGAGUACUCCACCUUGGCGUGCUGGACGACGACGCAGGAACAGCGACCCGGCGGCAAGGGCGCAUUCGACUUGGCGAUUCCGACUUUCUCACUCUCACCCACCGAGACCAUCUCCCGCGUCGGCGAAGGCCUGUUCAACUUGCCGCGCCUGUUCGAGGUGUACGCCGACGACGACGCGCUCGCCUUCUCCAUCGAGACCUUGCCGUUCGUUGAUGUCGAGACGCUUCGAGCGCUGCAACAGCCGCCGCAAGCUGCACCGCCGAUGCUUCGUCAAGGAUCGGGGCACAGGUCGACCUCGUCCGAAGCGCUGAGCGGAGGCAUCCCCGCAUCUCCCGCCCUCACUCGCACUCGCCGCGGUUCGCUGGUCGCAGGCUCUCCCAGCUCGCACGCCUCCGCCAGUCAGCCAGCUCACAUGCCCCUCUCUGCCGAAACGGUCAUCGCGACUUGGCUUUCCUCCCUUACCCUCUCCAUCCUCUCGCACCUCACUUCGACCGUCCUGCCUGACAUCCCGCGCUUGUCGAAACACGGCUCGGCACAACUCGUCUCCGACCUCGAGUACCUUGCGAACGUCGCUCGUGCGCUGGACGUCGAGAGUCCGGAGGAACUCGACAGCUGGAGAGACGCGGCUGCGCUGGACGACAAGGCGCUGCGAGGUGAGGCGGAGGUCGAUGAGCGGAUUGACAGGACGGUGCUGGAGAGGGUGGCGAGGAUCAGAGGUAUCAGGCGGGCGGCGUGA